AUACUAUCCCUAUUCAUCCACAAGUAUGAUAAAUGCAUAAUAAUUAGUCUUAUUUCCAAUGACCUGAAGUCUUAUUAAGACCUGUGGCAAUCAGUGAUAUGGGGGUGAGCUGGGGCUAAAAUGGAGCCUAAUCGAGAACGAGAAUAAUUAAGUACACUUCUCGUCAUGGAUGAUUGGCAAGAACCCGCCCUUUCGUCGAGGCACUUUCACAAUCGCGUGGGCCGAGGGGACAGGGGUUCAGCAUCACGCAACAAAGGCCGCAACGGCCCCUUCGACGUCAAGUCUUCCUUCGGCACCUACGAGCUCAAGUAUCCUGCUUUAGACAAAUUCACCAACACACCGUCAAAGAAACACAAGCAGACGCGUUCAUCUCCGUCGAUGGAACUAUUCCGUCUAACAGAUGACGGAAACGGGAUCCUCGGUCAGCUUAUGCUGCCUGACAUGAUAGAAGCGACGAUUGUUUUGGCAGGCAGUCGAAAGGUACUUCUGAAAACCGCCGAAGAUCUCGAGGAUCAUGCAAAGUCUGAAGGCAGUGGCAAGAGAGGCUCAGAACAAGACGACUGUGAAGGGGAGGGUCCAAAAGUUGACUCCGAUGAACCCAUUUCAGACGGGGAAUCACCGGAUGAAGAGGUGCAAAGCAAUGAUUCUAGUGCAGAAGAGUCCUGCGGAAAAUCUGGGAGCAAUCGUUUCCACACCUUUGAGAAGAACAGUUUCCAGGCACCAAAGUUCUGGAUACAGUGGCGUGGAAAGGUUAAGCGGCCAGGAUCCCCAAUAGAAGAGACGAAUAGAAAUCUCAUGGAUACAGGAAUGGGCUACAUUGUUUUCUCUGGAAACAACUGUCGGAAGUUCAAGGGUACCAUUAGUUGCGAGGCUCUUGGGUGGAAGGAUACGAGUAUCACGGGGUGGAAGACGGUUUCGAGAAGUGAAAGGGAUAAACCUGUGACAUGGGUUCCACUGAAGGAGUAACGUACCCCACAAGCAAGUUGGCCACUUUUUCUUGGCACCGUAUGAAUAACUUCAAUAACUUAACUAAAC